AUGCGCGAGUUCACUCUCAGGCGCGCGAGGACGCAGAGCGGGCCAAGGCCGUAUCGCCACCGGCUGCGAGGCAGGGCGAACACCUACUUUUAUACCAUGCCCUCGCGGACAGCCAUCAAUGAGAUUCUCGCCUGCUACCUGUUCAAUCAGAAUGAAGCGUCACAGUUGACUACACGCGAGGUUCUUGAGAGUGGUGAAGGUGGAUGA